UGAAAUGAGCCGGCAUUUGGCCACUUUAGAUCAACUGUUCUUGAAGUCGGAUGAUGGCAGAAAAUACAAGGGACGUAUGCCCCAUCACAUCGAUGGUUUGCUACAAUUAGCUUCUGGUCUCGAAUACAUCCAUUCAAAUAAUAUAGUUCAUGGAGACAUCAAACCCGAAAAUGUCCUGAUUGUGGCGGGACCUGUUGGCCAAGAUGAGAUAAUCCUCAAAUGGACAAAUUUUGGACUGAUCAGAAGUGUCAGUGAAGCAAGGCAAAAUAGUCUUAUCAGAAGAAAUAAGGCAUGGUUAGCCCCCGAGUUGCUUCAGUUGACAAGACAUAUGGAAAACGUAGAGGAAACAAGUUAUCAAGAAAGCGUCAAAAGCGACGUUUUUGCACUGGCACUUCUUUUCGGUAGUCUACUCUUAAACGGCGAACAUCUCUACGGUUCCACCGAAAAUGAAAUUGCCGACAACAUCGUUAAAGGGAAUCCCAUCAACAUGCAAAAAAUGGAUGGAAAAUUACGCGACUGUUACGAGAAGGACCUAUUGGCACGUAUGUUGAAAACCAACCCUGAUGAAAGAAUGACAUCGCAAGAAGUUGUCGUUCAAUUGCACUCGAUCAAGGAUAAGCUGACUGGAAAAGAAAAAGAAUUGCUUGAAUUGUGUGGGCGUGAUUCGCGAUUGGAUCUCACGGGAAAAAUAAAAGAAUUAAUUCAGUUCGGAAUUAACGUGAACGCAAAGGACAAAGACGGAACGAAUGCGCUCCACCUUUUGUGUCGGUAUUAUUCAAACCCAAAAUUAACCGACGCAAUUCAACUCUUAAUCGGAAACGGAAUCGACGUGAAUGCAAGGGACAAUGAUGGAAUGAACGCCAUUCAUUAUCUGUGUCAAUACCGUUCAAGCCAAAACUUAAUCGGCUCAAUUCAAAUCUUGAUUCAAUCCAGAAUCGAUGCAAAGGCAGUAACCAACGAUGGAUCGAAUGCGCUCCAUUAUUUAUGUCGAGACAAUUCAACCCCAAAUUUAGUCGACGCAGUUGGUAUUUUGACUAAAUUCGGACUGGAUGUGAUGAUGCCGGACAACGCUGGAUGGAGUGCGUUUUAUUAUUCGCGUAACAAAGUUAACGAAGAGAUGAAAAUUUGGUUCGACCGCCAAAAACCAAUAGGGGAAGGUGGCUUUGGUGUAGUAUACAAAGGGAAGUUCGGAGGUCGUGAAGUCGCAGUAAAAAGAGUUGAAAUGCGUCAUGUGGACAAAAGAGAAGAAGACGCAAUGCUAAAAUUGGAUCAUCCGAACAUCGUCAAACUUCUUCAUUAUGAAACGGACAACGACUUUAUGUACUACGCAUUGGAAUUAUGUGUCGCUUCUUUAGAUCAACUUUUUCUGAAGUCGGAUAACCCCAAAAAAUACAACGAACGUAUGCCACCUCCUAUCGAAAUAUUCCGGCAAUUAGUUACAGGCUUGGCAUACAUCCAUUCCAUGAACUUAAUUCAUCGAGACAUUAAACCGGAAAAUAUCCUCAUUAUGCGAAAGCCUGGAAAAAUUGAAGAGAUAAUAAUGAAAUGGUCUGAUUUUGGACUGGCCAAAUCCGUAAACGAAAAGGGACUUCACUCGUGGUCUGGCGUGAAGGGAACGAGAAAAUGGUACGCACCCGAAGUGCUGAAAAAACUCAUUAACGAAGAAAAGGCGAAAAACAAAGAGUUUUGGGGCACCGUUAAGAGCGAUGUGUUUGUCCUUGGCCUCGUCUUUGGUUAUAUUUUCUUGGAGGGAGAGCAUCUAUUCGGCUCAAGUGAAACCGAAAUUCACUUAAAUAUAACUAGAAACGAUCCGGUGAAUAUGAAGGGUAAUCCCAAUUAA